AUGUGCACGCUGCCGGCCCCCGGCCCCGCCGCCAGCCCCGGCUCCCCCGGGCCCCCCCGGGGGUCGCCCCCCUCCUGCCAGGCGCCCCCGGUGAAGCCGGAGCCGAGGGGCGGCGGGGGCAGCCCCCCAGCUCCCCUUCCUCCGCCGCUGCCCCCCGAGGAGCCGCCGCCAGCAGCCGGGGGUCGCCGGAGAAAGCGGCCGGUGCAGCGGGGCAAGCCCCCCUACUCCUACAUCGCCCUCAUCGCCAUGGCCAUCGCCAACGCCGCCGAGAGGAAGCUCACCCUGGGGGGCAUCUACAAGUUCAUCACCGAGCGCUUCCCCUUCUACCGGGAGAACCCCAAGAAGUGGCAGAACAGCAUCCGCCACAACCUCACCCUCAACGACUGCUUCGUCAAGAUCCCCCGCGAGCCCGGCCACCCCGGCAAGGGCAACUACUGGACACUGGACCCGGCGGCCGAGGACAUGUUCGACAACGGCAGCUUCCUGCGGCGAAGGAAGCGCUUCAAGCGCACCGACAUCACCACCUACCCCGGCUACAUGCAGAACUCCAGCGCCUUCACCCCGCCGCCCGCCGCCCGCCCCGUGGCGCCCGCUGCGCCCUACCCCAACGCCCUCUGCUCGCCCGGCUACGGCCCCCAGCUCUCCGGCGCCGUUUUCCAUCCUUACGGGGCCGGAGCGGCCCCGCAGGCUCAGCACCCCAGGAUGUUCAGCAUCGACAGCCUCAUCAGCGGGCAGCAGGCCCUGCAGCCCUCGCCGCCCGCCGAGCUGGGCCACCCCUCGUUGGGUUUAUCCGGGGCUGAGCUUGCCCCCAGCUGCUCCGCUGGUGCCUCCGAGCCUCCCUGCUUCCAGCCUCAGCCCGUCAGCCCCGGCUUGCUGGGCCGGCCCGGCCCCAACGCCUUGCCUUACCCCUACGCCGCCUCGCCUCCCCACCUGCCCGUGGGGCAGGGCGGCUAUUCGCCCGGCAGCCCGCAGCUCUACGGGGCUCCCAGCAGGCUGGCCCUGCCCGCCGUGCGCCCCACAGCCUGCGCCGAGCACGGCGAGCAGCUCCUGGGGCUCCCCGCCUCGUCGCCCCUCGGCCAGUUCGGCUCCAGCAACGCCUACGUCAGGCAGCCCAAUUUCCCCGCCGGCCUCGAGCGGUACAUGUGAUGGGGCUGGGGGGGCACGGACGGGUGCCCCGAGGUGGCCGUGGGCACGGCCGGACACACGGAUGCUGCCCCGUGGUGGGAUCGGCUGGGUGGGGUGGGGGGGUCCUGGUCUUCGGCUGCGUAUGGACACAAAGCCACGUGCACGGUGCAGGGGGGCAAAAUCCUCUCUUUCCCAGCUGAUUUUUAACUGGAGAGAAGGGGAUGUAUUUUACUGCCGCGUUCCCCCCUGGCAGUGAUGCUCUCCGUGCCCGGGGGUGUCUGUUUCUCACCCGGCUGCGCCUGGGUGGAGCAGGGCACCCCGCAGCACCCCGGGGUGAGGCAGAGCUCGCCCAGGAGCUCGGUGCGUGGUGGGACAGGCAGGAACCCAGGGAGCAGAAAAUGUCCCAAAACGAGGCUUUUUCUCUCUUCCCUGGGUGCCUCCUCCAUAACUGGA